AUGGACAGGCUCAUUCAUAAAUAUCGCUCCAAUGAUCAUGGCAGCUCGCCGGGAGAAACGGAAGCUGGCCAAGAAUCCACCAUUGAAGCCAGGCAGCCCGCUGUCACUCCUCAAUUGCGUUAUGCCAUUCCCGAUCAACCACAAAGAUCGGAGCUAUCUAUGAAGAGGAACAAGUCUGAAAUAAAGGACAGAGUGAUUGGAUGGUUCGUUCUGCCAUCAUCCGAGGGUGAUCACAAAACUGCCUUGGAGGGAUUAUUUGUUCCUUGUCUUUUAUAUGGAAAAACUCACUGGCGAUUGAAGAAUGUGGUCUUGGUCGAGAUCCGCAUAAUUUCAAGUCUUCUGAUGGUUGCAACUCGAUGUGUUGGAUCCAUGUUGGUCUUACUCUUAUACAACGUGCCGGAUUCGCGCCCAGGUCUAUGGGGAAUGAUGUUAUCAAGUCAUGUUCUGUGGUCCAUGUGUUAUGAUGCAACAUGA